GGGCGGGGCCCGGGCCGGCAGGCGAUGGCGGGGCCCCGGCGGCGGGCGCUGAGGCGCGGGGCCGCCCGCGGGCCCUGAGAGCCGAGCCCCGCGCUGCCCCGGCCAUGGGCGACUUCUACGACCCCGAGCACCCGACCCCGGAAGAAGAAGAAAAUGAGGGCAAGCCUGAAACCGUGCAGAAGGGCGGCUUCGUCAAAGGCCCCGUCUUCAAAGGCGUUGCUUCCAGUCGUUUUUUGCCCAAAGGCACCAAAACGAAGGUGAACCUUGAGGAGCAAGGAAGACAAAAAGUGUCUUUCAGUUUUAGUUUAACCAAGAAAACUUUACCGAAUCGGUUUCUUUCUGGUCUCGGAAACGAGAAACAAAAUGAAACUCCGAAUUCUCCGGCUACUGCGUCCCUUCAAACCGAUUCGAACUCCAAAAGUAAAAUGGACUUGGGGGACACCACAGGUUCAGCUGAAGAGUCUUCACCUCCAAAACCGAAGGUAGAAUUAGGAAAAAUUCAUUUUAAAAAGCAUUUACUUAACGUCACAGCGAAACCGUCACCAGUUCCAGCAGCGACGCUGCCGCCACCGCCGCCACCGCCGCCACCUCCGGUAACGGAAGCAACGGUAUCGACCGUGGACUUUUCUUCAACGCCACCACCUCCUCCUCCACCUCCUCCACCAGCCACGGUGACGCCGGCAGCGUCGUUACCGGUUCCUGCGGCCGCAGCUUUGCCACAACUGCCGGUAACGCUGAUGUCGAUGCUGUUACUGUCACCACCCGUUGAAGGUGAAGGAGCUUCGAAGGAGCCAUUCCUGGUGGGAUCUAAGGAGGCUUUGGAGCCAGAGGUCAAGCAGGAUGUGGUAUCGCGUGGUUUGGAAGAAGGUGUAACUCAAACCACGCUUGAGCAGAUGGAGAGGACUCCGCAGAAGGAAGAUUCCCAUAUUGGGAAAGACGAGGAGGUUUCUGAUGGCUCCAAGGGUGCUCCUCUCUGCUCCCGGAGACAGGGCUCGAAGAGGAAGUUCUCCCAAUCCGAUGGGACGCAACUGGGCUCUGAGUCUGAUGAAGAUUCGGUGAGGACCUCAUCCAGCCAAAGGUCACACGAGCUGAAGGUAUCCAGUUUGGAAAAGGAGAGAGAACCAAGACGAAGCUCCACAUCCAUCCGAGGUGAUGACUUGGGGAAGUCCUCCUCGCGCUCCAAGUCGGACAGAGAUGAGAAAUACUCGAGUUAUUCUAAAUCCGACCGAGAUUCGCGGUAUUCAUCCUCCCGUUCUCGAUCCGACAGAGAGAGAAGGCGAAGCCGGUCUCAUUCCCGUUCCCGAUCGGAUCGAAGCUCCCGAACCAGCUCUUCCUACUCGAGAUCGGAGCGUUCGCAUUACUACGAAUCCGAGCGGAGAUACCAUCGCAGCUCUCCGUACAGGGAAAGGUCGAGGUAUUCCCGUUCGUACGCCGACAGCAGGACCCGUGAGAGCUCAGACUCCGAGGACGAAUACAGGAGGACCCAUUCCAGGUCGAGCGACUCCAGGCGGACGUCAUCCCACUCCUCCUCCUCCUACAGAGACUCCAGGUCUUCUUACAGUAAAUCGGACCGAGACAGCAAAUUGGAGUCAUCUCACGCCGACCCGGAGCGGAGAGGAAGAUCUUCUUCUUCCAAAGCAGAUAGAGAUUCCAAACGGACUUCCGAAAGUGAAGUCACCAAAAGGUGCUCUCCCCUUGACGAGCUCGGCUAUCGGAAGGGGACAUCCCAUUCUAAACCUGACAGUAAUGUGAAUUCCUCCCGUUAUAAAUCCACCCCUUCCAAGACCCCCGCGCCAAAGCCCGAUAAAUUUAAGAGUUCUUUCUGUUGUACAGAAUCGAUGGAAGAAAUCAAAGCGCAAUCUAAUUCUCUAGAUGUUGAGACCUCUUGUCUAAAGAGCAACGAGAGCAGGGUGGCUCUUGCCAAAAGAGUCGAAAAGGCGCUUUCUCCGUUAAAUCCCGUCAACGAUUCGCCCGCUUCCAAAAAGGCGGAUGAAUCCAAAGUGGAUUUCGCCCACUCCAAGUCUGAGGAGCUGGCGGGAAAUGAAUGCCGCGGCAGUGUUAAGGAGCAGGAAACUUCGUUGAAGAUAACGUGUGAUCCGUUAAGAACGUGUUUUCCCGGGGAGUUGAGUGUAACCGCGUCUCCGGAGGACAAAGCUGAUGGUUUGGCAUCUUCCAGUGCCUCCAAACCAGAGGACGUGGCCGCAUCUUCUGACGAUAACCUGUGUCAAUCAGAGGCAUCGCCUGUCGUGAAGAUAAAUCCGUCGUAUCUGUUGCCAUCUAAUGGGUUGGAGAACGCGUAUGUGUCUCAAGAAGAAGAAGCAGAUGAUUCUCAGGUCCAGUCCAGCGAUUGCAACGUUCUCCUUGGGCAAACGGAGGCUCCGGUCCCGCAGCAGCAAGGAGAAGUCAUCCCUUUACCCGUUGUGAAUGUAGAUGACGCUAAACCUGGACUUCAAAAGCUUGAGGAUCAGGUAAUUCUGGGCGAUAAAACCAAAGAACCAGUUUUUUGCUACAUUUCAGAUGAUGCCACCGCUGCUUUGUAUCAUUCGGAAGUUGAAAUCGAAGCAGAAUCGGGAGAUUCGAAAGUCACAUCUGAGACUUUCUUGGAGGUGCAGGUAGAGCCGGAGACGGUUACGUGUGGUUAUGAGAACGUGGAGGAUCAGCACGUGAAGUCUACUUGUGACGAUGAGCGCAGUCAUCCUGCCCAUAAAAUGAGCUCGGCAGCAGAAAGCUCGAGCACGGAUCCUUCCCAGGAUGGUUGUUCCUCAAGGCUCGGGUCAGAUCAUCCCACGCCGGAGGAAAGCGUCUCUUCCAAGUGGGACGUACCACCACCGGAUGGACACCAAGAGCUGUUCCAGCAUUCGGAAGCCGAAGAGGUGCUGGAGUUGGAUACUCAACACGUUGAUCUUGGGUCGGCAAAAGGUAAAGCGUCCUUCCAAGAUGAACAUUCGUACUAUUCAGAAGCGCCCCUGGAGCAUCGCUGCAGAGAGGAGGUGACGGAAGAAGGUGCCGUUUCCAGCGAGAGGGUUGGGCCGGAUGAUUUGGGACAUCAAUGUCUUGGUGUCUUCGCUGAGAAGGAGGAGGGAAACGAGCCUUUGGUGGCUUCGGCUUUUCCAGAUGCUUUGUUUCCCUCUUGCGAUGUCGUCGUCACCACAGAAGAAACGGAAACGGUAACUCAAGCCCCGACGUGCGACAGCAGCGGCAACACCUCCGAGUUCGUUCCUGCUGCUCACGAUGAUUAUUCGGACACAGGGGAGAGCGACAGCGAGGCGGGAAGUGAGGACAGUGAGACAGAAGACUCGGAUUCGGAUGACGGCACGCCACGAAAGCGCCUCCAGUCUGUUGUGGUUGUACCAAAGAACUCAACCAUAGCCACGGAGGAGACCAGCCCAGGUUCCUCGUGGAGCAACCAGAGCAACCGGCGCUUCUCCGACCACUGGGAUGAUGAGCGACCAGAGCCCAGUAGACCCUACUAUGAAGAAAGAUCGGAGAGUAAAAGUGGUCCACAAGCAGAAAGCAGAUGUUCUCCAAGAGGGAUGGAGAAGAGUCUGGCAACUUCUACUGAGCUCAGCAGGAAGGACACCGAGGAGCUCCGAGCAGAUCCGUGCCAACCUCAGAGCGAUGGUGUUGAUAGUACGAGUCAGGCAGACCUAUUGGCGGAUUCUCACGGCAAACCCAAUCCGGAUGAGACGGUAACGUUGAAGGAGCUGAUGUCCGUUGGGAGACCAACCGGCCGACAAGACGAACAACCUUUUUGUCUGCCGGAGAGUUUUGAAAGCGCUGAGAAAUCCCACCACGAGAUGAGCUCUUCCAAACCUGACAGCAGGCAAGGGAAUGAUGGGUUCAACCAGGCUGGUGGUGGAGAUCUCUCCAGGGUGGACGGCUUUCAGGCAACGGGGGAUUUGGGUGGUGUGGGCUGGGACUUGGCCCAGUCGGAGAAGCCCAGCAGCACCUACCAACAGCCAGAUAGCAGCUUUGGAGUCUACUCGGGCUACAUCUACCAACCGGGCUCGGAAGCGUACAGCGGCUCUCAGAGCUACUGGCAAGGUAACGGUUACUGGGACACAAGGUCCACCAGCCGACCUUCUCCAGUUCAUUAUGAACGAAUCCAAGGGCAAGUCCCGGAUUCUCUAACGGAGGAUCACGAGGAGUUCGAAGAGGAUGACCGUUGGGAUGAUGAGUGCAAGCCUCGUUUUCUCAGCCCCUCGAGUAAAUCCCAAGAAGUCGGGCAGAAAGAAACGGGCUCCGUUCAAGCCCAUGAGAUCAGCAGCAAUUCCACCAAGGAGUCGGUUCCCGGCGGCGAGAAAAAAGAGGAGGAGGAGGGAAAAGUGGUGGAAAAAAAUGAUACAAAAGAACGAGGUCCACCAAAAAAAAGAGGUCCGGAAUUAGAAAGCGACUCCGAGAGCGACGUGGACUCAAGGGAGAAGAAGAAGGCCAAGCCGGAGGGGGAGCAAGGGGAGGUGGCACCACAGGACUCCUCCAUGGUCGGUCGACCGUGUAUCAUGGAUGACUUCAGAGACCCCCAACGCUGGAAGGAGUUUGCCAAGCAAGGGAAGAUGCCGUGUUACUUUGACCUUAUUGAGGAGAACGUCUACUUGACAGAAAGGAAGAAGAACAAAUCCCACCGAGAUAUUAAACGAAUGCUGUGCGAGUGUCCUCCUCUCUCCAAAGAAGAACGAGCCCAAGGGGAGGUCGCUUGUGGAGAAGACUGUCUCAACCGCCUCCUCAUGAUAGAGUGUUCUUCCCGGUGCCCAAACGGCGACUACUGCUCCAACAGACGCUUCCAGAAGAAACAACACGCAGACGUCGAGGUGAUCCUCACGGAGAAGAAAGGUUGGGGGUUGAGAGCUGCCAAAGAUCUGCCAUCCAACACGUUUGUCUUGGAAUACUGCGGAGAAGUGUUGGACCACAAGGAAUUCAAAGCUCGAGUGAAGGAAUAUGCCCGGAAUAAGAACAUCCAUUACUAUUUUAUGGCGCUGAAGAACGAUGAGAUAAUCGAUGCCACUCAGAAGGGAAACUGCUCUCGCUUUAUGAACCACAGCUGUGAACCGAACUGCGAGACGCAGAAGUGGACCGUGAACGGGCAGCUCAGGGUUGGCUUUUUCACCACCAAACUGGUCCCGUCGGGCUCGGAGCUGACGUUCGAUUACCAAUUCCAGAGAUAUGGAAAGGAAGCUCAGAAGUGUUUCUGCGGCUCAGCCAACUGCCGUGGUUACCUGGGAGGAGAGAACAGGGUCAGCAUCCGCGCCGCCGGAGGGAAGAUGAAGAAGGAACGCUCCCGUAAGAAGGACUCGGUGGAUGGGGAGCUGGAAGCGUUGCUGGAGAACGGAGAAGGUCUCUCUGAUAAGAACCAAGUUCUCAGCUUAUCGCGGCUCAUGGUUCGCAUCGAAACUUUGGAGCAGAAGCUCACUUGCCUCAAGCUCAUCCAGAACACCCACUCCCAGUCCUGCUUGAAGUCCUUCCUGGAAUGUCACGGCUUGUCUCUCCUCUGGAUUUGGAUGACGGAAUUGGGUGAUGGAAGAGGAAGCACCGCGAACAACUUGAAGUUGCAGCUGGAGAUCAUGAAGACCCUGGAGCUCCUGCCUAUCCCGACCAAGAACAUGCUGGAGGAGAGCAAAGUCCUUCCUGUUAUUCAACGCUGGGCUCAGACCAAGACCGCUGUCCCGCAGCUCAGUGAAGGUGACGGUUACUCAAGUGAGAACACCUCGAGGGCUCACACGCCGCUCAACACGCCGGAUCUUUCCACCAAACAGAGCACGGAAGGCGAUACGGACACUCCCAAGAAGUUGGUCUUUCGAAGGCUGAAAAUUAUAAGCGAAAACAGCAUGGACAGUGCCAUCUCGGAUACAACCAGCGAGCUGGAAGGAAAGGAGGGCAAAGAGGACCUGGACCAGCUGGAGAACGCCCCCAUGGAGGUGUCAGAGGAGCAGCAGCAGCAGCAGCAGCAGGAGAUCAAAGCUGGUGUUGAAGCGUCGGUGGAGAGCAGCAAAGCCCAAGCUGCGGAGUUGGAGGCUGAGCCGGAAGCGGAGGUGAAGGAGAGCAACAGUGCCAAACUGGAAGAGCCCAUUCUGAUGGAAACGCCUUCUCAAGAUGAAGAGGAAGGCGUAUCCGACGUCGAGAGCGAGAGAAGCCAAGAACAGACGGACAAAAUCGUGGAUGUGAGCGAUCUGGCUACCAGGCUGCUUGACAGCUGGAAGGAGCUUAAGGAGGUCUACCGCAUCCCGAAGAAGAGUCAAUCGGAGAAGGAGAGCAGCGCCGAACGUGGGAGAGAGACAACCGGCCUCAAGGACCAGACUCCAACUCCAAAGAACCCCAUCUUGAGCGCUGAGAAGCAGAUCCAAAGUAAGGAGAAGAAGAGGCGGAGAGACUCGUUGUCCCCUCCAUCCUCGGCGUACGAGCGAGGAACAAAGAGACCGGAGGACAGGUAUGACACGCCGGCGUCUUCCAAGAAGAAAGUCCGCCUUAAAGAUCGGAACAAAUUGACCACGGAAGAGCGCAGGAAGCUUUUUGAGCAGGAAGUGGCCCAACGAGAAGCCCAAAAACAACAACAGCAACUGCAAAACUUGGGAAUAACGUCCCCUUUGCCCUACGAUUCCAUGGGCUACGGAACGCCCCACCACAGCUUCAUCGGUUACCCACCGGGUUACCCCAUGCAAGCCUACGUAGAUCCCAGCAACCCCAACGCCGGCAAAGUCCUUCUCCCCACUCCCAGCAUGGAUUCCAUGUGCUCACCAGCGGCCUACGAGCAUCCACAGACUUUGGUUGGACCUCCGGUGGAAUCCACCCUUACCACCCCUCAACCAGUUCCGGUAGUCCAACAUGUAGCAACGACGAUGGAGGUGACAACUCCGCAGUACGUAGCCCAAAGCGACGCGGUGGUCCAUCAAGAACCCAACGUGGCCGUUCUACCUGUAGCCACGACGGGACCGGUGCAGAGUCAAAGUUACGGAGUUUGGGAUUCCAACCAACAACCGGUGGCCGUCCAACAGCAGUACUCCCCCGCCCAAUCCCAACCGGCCAUCUACUACCAAGGCCAGACCUGCCAAACCGUCUACGGAGUGACGUCACCCUACUCGCAGACCACCCCACCGAUUGUCCAGAGUUACGCCCAACCGGGGCUGCAGUACAUCCAAGGCCAACAGAUCUACACCGCUCAUCCCCAAGGAGUCAUCGUGCAGCCACCGACAGCCGUCACCACCAUUGUUGCAGCCGGACAACCUCAACCCAUCCAGCAGCCAGAGCUCGUGGUGACCAACAACCUUCUGGAUUUACCUCCACCGUCUCCUCCCAAACCCAAAACCAUUGUCCUUCCACCCAACUGGAAAACAGCUCGAGAUCCAGAGGGGAAGAUCUACUACUACCACGUGGUAACAAGGCAAACCCAGUGGGACCCUCCUACCUGGGACAGCCCCGGGGAUGACGCCAGCCUUGAACACGAAGCUGAAAUGGACCUUGGGACCCCAACGUAUGAUGAGAACCCCAUGAAGUCUUCCAAGAAGCCCAAGACGGCAGAAGCGGACACGUCGAGUGAGCUGGCCAAGAAGAGCAAGGAGGUGUUCAGGAAAGAAAUGUCACAGUUCAUCGUGCAGUGCCUGAACCCCUACCGCAAACCCGACUGCAAGGUUGGACGCAUCACCACCACCGAGGACUUCAAGCACCUGGCGCGCAAGCUGACGCACGGCGUGAUGAACAAAGAGCUGAAAUACUGCAAGAAUCCGGAGGACUUGGAAUGCAACGAGAACGUCAAACACAAAACGAAGGAAUACAUCAAGAAAUACAUGCAAAAAUUCGGCGCCCUCUAUAAACCCAAAGAAGAUCCGGAGCUGGAAUAAACCCUCUCCUUAUUCUCCAUCCGCUCUUUUCGAACCACCAAAUCGACCCAAAUUAUCGGUUUUUAACCCAACGCAAACUCCGUUCUUCGCGCCGCGAGGGGGAAAAAACACGGAAAAUCCAAUAUUUUCCCCUCCAACCGCGCUCUCUGUAUCAUAUUUUAACCUAUAUGUGAAUAUAUUGAUAAUUUUGGGGGGGUUUCCUUCACUUUUAGCCUCAGCCGCCAUCGCGUCGCGGCGACACUUUGUAAGGAAAGAGUUUUGGGGUUUAUUAUUAUUAUUAUUAUUAAUUUUUUUUUUUUUUCCCCCCUCGUUUCCUUGGUUUUAUUUUCAGUUUCGCCCGAUUUAAGCUGUUUUCCUGUAAAUAAUUCCGGAAACGAGACCCGUCUCCCGGAUUUCGGAUGAGGUCUCGCGCGAUGUUGAUAAGAUUUGAUUUUACUGCUUCGAUCGAUUUUACUUUAUCCAAUUUUUACGGAACUUUUUAUGUAAAAAAUACACAAAUUGGACAAAAAAAA